GUUUAAUAUUUGCUGUUGUUAAUACAUGUAGAUAAUCAAAACAACUUUUUUUUAUAACUAUUAUUGUUGUUAUCACUAAUACCGCAUUUUUUUAUUAAUACAAACAUAUAAAACAUAUGGUGGCUGAUGAAAAACGAAAACAAAAAAGAUUCGAAAUGUCUAAAACUAAAGAAACAAUGUGUUCCAAAGCGUCUAAUAAUAAUGAAAUGGUUUUGGAAAAGUUUCGCUCUUAUCAAUAUGCAAUUGGUGUAAACGUGGUUUUGUUGUUUGCAUCAUCUCUGGUAUUUUUUUCCUGGAAAGUUAACCACUUUUCGUACAUAGAUAUUGAACCUAAAGUCAAUUUUCUAUUAGCAGUAACUCUAAUUCCUUGGCUUCAUGGAGCAGUUAUAUGCUUAGUUAAGAUAAUGGGUUUUAAUAUUAAUAUCAUUUGUAAUUACAUUGUGGCUUCAGUUAUGCAUGCAUUAACUUCAUUAGUUAUUUUUAUGGCUUCGUCAAUUCUAACUCAAGCUAUUGUUGAAAAAGAUGUUUGCAUGGAUGAUUGUCUUCAAACUCUGUUUUGUGUUAUUAUGGGGUAUAUUGACAGCUUUGGUUUACUUCUUUUGAGUUAUUUUUGUUUUAAACAAAAAUUAAACGAAUCUACUAACGAGGAAUGUGAUAGAGAAGCUGUCAAUUUAGAUGAGACAUAUCUCAAAGAAGUUCAACACGAAACAGUAAAAAAAGGAAUUGAAAGGUCUCUUGGAAUGAAAGAGAAAAUUUAAAACAACUCGUCAAAUGAAAUUUAAACAAUGUUGCAACUUGAGUUUAUUUGAAGAACAACGCAUUCUUGAUUAUCAAUUGUUUCUUGGUAUUUUAUGCUAAAUAGAAAAAUGAAAAACGUUUAAUUUUUAAUUACAACAUAAAACUAAAUCUUGAGAGUUUGAUUGUUAAUUGCGAUUGGUUGUUGGAUAAUUGCGAUAUUGUGAUUGGUUGUUGGAUUUCUUGAUGCGAAAACGUGUUUUUGAACACUUUGUUGGGUUCAACAACUUUACAACUAAAAUAAACAGUUGAUAUAUAAAAAUAAAAUAUAAAUAAAUAGUUUGACAUAAAAUAUUUAAAAGUAUCAGAAACCAAUAAAAAAAAAUUUCAAGUAUCAAUAAGCAAA